GAAAUAAUGCAUCUAUUUCAGAAUUUGUACUGGUGUAAUAAAUUGGGCAUAUAUCUGCGUUUGAAAAGUUGAAGACGAAGCAGUACAGCAAUGGAUUUGGCAGGGGCGCAAGAGCUGAUAGCGUUCUUCGAUUUGGAGACGGUGCCGAUCGGAGAGCAGGGCUGGGCGAUCGUAGAAUUCGGAGCCAUAUUAGUAUGUCCGAGGACACUGGUGCAGGUAGGCGAGCCAUACUCCACCUUAAUCCGACCAUCUAGGAAGUCCGUCGUCGACAAUUUCUCCGACCGACCCAACGGCAUUACACGACGGGCGAUUGCGAAUGCGCCCAGGUUCACCCAGGUUGCCGAUGAUAUAUAUCGAAUCCUCCACGGGCGAGUGUGGGCUGGGCACAACAUUGAAGAGUUCGAUUGUCCUCUGAUUAAGGAAGCAUACGCUAAAAGUAAGAGAGAAGCACCCAGGUAUAAGUUCUUGAUUGAUACGCUGCCCCUGCUAACGCAGUGGUUUGGGAAGAGAGCUGGUAACCUCAAGUUGGCAACUCUUGGAAAUUAUUUUGGGCAUGGAGAGCAAACACACAGGAGUUUGGACGAUGUUUCAAGAAACCUCAAUGUUCUCAAACACGCUGCUGCUGUUCUUUUCCUGGAAUCAAAUUUUCCUGAUUUGCUUCCAGAAAACACAUGGCUUUCUCCGAAAGACAUAUCGGAAUCGCGUAUUUCUGCAACUCUUGCCCCUUUUGAAGAUGGGUAUCCAAAAAUAUGCAUAUUGCAUGAAAAUUUUCCGUUGCAAGUGCAUUGCAAAGGAAUGAAAGUGUUAUACGGAAUAAAUAACAAGUUCAAUAAGGCGUGGUUAAGUUUUGCGGUGGUUGCGCCUCCAAAGCUAUAUGAUGUUCUGUAUGCAUGUGAUGAUCAUGCUCUGAGGAGGUUUGGGGAGUUGGGGAAUGACUCGGAAUGGAAACCAGUUGUAAAAGAAGGCUAUAAUCGUUUCAUCCGUCUAAGCCUACGUGCUGACACAAAGAUAUGGAGAGAUAAUGGGCAUCCCACCAUGCAAAGAGUUGAGCAUACUGAAUUGGAUGAUUAUGAGCUGGAGAUGUUGUUUGCCCCAGAUACUAAUGUUGAUGCAUUUUUCUCUUUGGAUACCUUCAUCAACUAUAAGAAAAUGGCUGGCAUCACUUUGGUUGCUCAAAAGCUGUUUGUACAUCCCAGCUAUAGAUAGCUCAUGGGGGAUUGCCAAUUAUAUUGCUUGUGCUAGCAGCUGCUUUAUCCACAUGCAUGUAUGUGUAUAUGAUGUAUGCAGUUGUAUUUUAGUUAUGAGGAUGAUUCCAAGAACAAUUAUAUGUUGUCUUAGAGUGUACGUGAUUAUUAUAAGGUAUGUAUCUUUCUAGUUCUAGAGUAAAAGCGUGUUUGAGUUUGGUAAUAGACUAAUGAGUCUAUUAAUAAUCUAUACUAUAUAUAAAAAGCAUUAUCCUCCUUCCAAA